AUGAACACACUGUUUGUAGUAGAAAAUGACCUGCAGGGGGAGGUCCAGCCUGCCUGGGUCAAGAAGAAGUGGGAAAACCUGAAGCAGAAGUACAAGGAUCUGAAGUGUCCUAGGACAGGCGUCACAGUGCUGGAGGAUGAGUGCCAGAGGCCACGACCAAGAAAGAGAGGGAGGGAGGAGGGCGAUGUUUUUAAUUAUUUAUGGGAGAUGGAGGAAAAGGAGGCUUUAAGAGAGCGUGAGCAGCAGAAGAAGGAGGACCAAAGCUUUGCACAGAACAACAAGCUAAGAAAAGGAUCCUCUCCCAUCAUGCCUCGGGUGUCGUUUGCCCCUCCCUCACUGUGCUUCACCUUCCUCCCUCUGCUGGACCGCCUCCUCCCCUCUCUUCCCCCCACCGUCCGAGAUGUGGACGUGCCCCCUCUGUUUCGGGAGCGCUUCAUCCUGUCUGGUUACCGUCCUGUGGGCCUGUCGUGGCGUUGCUACGUCCUCAGCCUCUUCCAGAUACACAACGAGACUCUGAACGUGUGGAGCCACCUGGUGGCUGCUGGGAUCCUGGGUUUUCGGUUGCAGGGUCCUGAAGGUCAGGGGUUUUCUGUGGAUGUUUCCUCGCUGCCUUUGGUCCUCUAUGUUUUUUCUGCCAUCACGUACCUGAGCUGCAGUGCUGCGGCUCACCUGUUGCAGUCCCACUCAGAGCACGCUCAUUAUUCCCUGUUUUUCCUGGACUACGUGGGCGUUGCGGUCUACCAGUACGGCUGCGCUCUGGCUCUGUGCCUGUACAGUUCCAACACCACCUGGACACAAAGCAUGGUGGGACAGGUCUUCCUCCCAGCCGCUGCCCUCCUUGCCUGGAUAUCCUGCACCACCUGCUGUUAUGCGAAGCUUCGUUUCCGGCGGCCGUACCCGCUCCACAGGAAGCUCUGCCAGGUGCUGCCUAUGGGCGUGGCCUACCUGCUGGACAUCAGCCCCAUCGCACAUCGCCUCGCCACCCAGAGUUGGACAAGCAACUCUGCACUGACACUGCACUUCAUGCAGGUGGUGCUGUUUCUGCUGUCAGCUUUCUUUUUCUCUUGCCCCAUUCCCGAGCGCUUCUCCUCAGGACGCUAUGACAUUGUCGGUCACAGCCACCAGCUCUUCCACAUUCUGCUGUCCUUCUGCACACUGGCCCAGCAGGAGGCACUGUUCCACGACUUUCUUUGGCGACGCCCGGCACUGGUCAGGGAGUUUGGACAGGAGCACCUCCUGCUGGCCUGCACCUCAUUCCCCUGCCUGACACUCUGCUGCAUGAUGACAGCACUCACCAUGAGGAGGCGAGCUCAAGCUCAGCUUACGAAAGAGCAAAGAUAGAAGAAGAAGAAGAAGAAGAAGAAGAAGAAGGAGGAGGAGGAGGAGAGGGUAGAAGAUGUGACUUCAUGUACACGUGAGGGAUUUACUUUGUAGUCGACGACCAUGAGAGUUUUUUAAAUGUGUGUGUGUGUGUGUGUGUGUGUGUGUGCGAGCCCCUCAUACCUCAGGGCAGAAGAUCAUCGUCAAGCUCCAGCACUGAUCUUCUGGAUUUUCUGGUUUCUGAUACUAUACGAUGUUUUAUGUUUUACCAGACCAGUAACACGCAGUCAGACACUGUAAAAAACAGUUCAGAAUAAAAUUGUGUAAAAUCAGCUCACCUUUAAACAUUGAACUGGAACGGACAAAUGGAUUUGAGUUCUCCUGACUUUUUGUCUAUAAUAAUCACAAUAAAUUGCCUAUAUGAAAUACAAACCAUAACCCUACAGACGUGUCUGUAAUAACAGCAGGGCAAAGAGGACUGAACACUGUAAAGUCUACCACAUGCCCUCAGACUUUUCCAUCUCUCCCAGUCACCUGACUCUCAUCCAUCUGCUCCUCAUUCCCCUAUGAUGCCUCACAGUUACAGUAAUACCAGCCCAUCUCCUCUUUAUUCUGGAUAGAUUGCCGAUGUUGCUUAUACCUUUUCUUUGCAGCCAUCUGAAUCUGAACUUCCUAUCUUUUCAAUCUUCAGCCUGUUCCUGCCCUGCUCACCUGUUGUGCCCUUCUAAGAUGUGUUUGUUCAAACUGCCAUCCUGUUGCAAACCUGUAAGCCUGAUCCUGACCUUAUCCUUGAGUAAAU